UCACUAAUUCUCCGCCUUCUAGUCCUCAUCGUCGGACAGAGUUGGCUUCGCUCCUUCAUCAAGAGCAGAUCCUAUAGACUGCCUCCUGUGGUUCUAGGCGUCCCGGUCUUUAGCAACACUUUCCAGAUCCCUGCACUUCAGCAAGGACCAUGGGCCAAAAAGCUGGCUGAAAAAUAUGGAGAGAUAUAAGUAACAUUUGUAUUCUUAAAUUCGUCCAGGGUGGUGGCUAACCUUAUGGAACGCCGGACGGCCAUUUAUUCUUCUCGGUCACCCUUUCCUAUG